UUUAAAUAUUUUACUUUUUGAGGCCCUAUAUUACUUUAAUUAGCAAGAUCGUUCCCAAACUUUUGAAUAAUUACAUAAAUGUAGGUUUUGUUUUAUUAGGGUACUCUACUCGACAGAAAGUUCUAAAGUCUCUCGACUCUAGCAAAGUUUUCAAUUCACCUUCUUUGUUGAAUUGCGAGCAGAGGAAGGAACUGCAGAGAAACAGAAAAUGUUGUUCUUUUCAUACUUCAAGGAUUUGGUUGGACAAGAAGUGACGGUUGAGUUGAAGAACGAUUUAGCGAUAAGAGGCACUCUUCAUUCAGUGGAUCAGUACCUCAAUAUCAAGCUCGAGAACACUAGGGUUGUUGAUCAGGACAAGUACCCUCACAUGCUUUCGGUGAGAAACUGUUUCAUCAGAGGCUCAGUGGUAAGGUACGUGCAGUUACCUCCGGAUGGAGUCGAUGUUGAUCUACUUCACGAUGCCGCUAGAAGAGAAGCUAGAGGUGGAUGAUUUCGCCAAGCUGUUGUAUCUCCAAACUUAAUCUCUUUAUUAACAAAACUUGUUUUUUUCAUAUUCGUGUAAUCGCUUGAUCUGGAAUGACUCUGGUUGCAUUAUCUUUAUCAAAGGAUAAUCUGUUUUCUUUUAACUAUUUGAUGAAAAAGCUUCUAAAGUUUACAAAGAAGUACCUUUAUUCAGUCCUUAUUAGUUU